AUGGAAAACGAGGAGCAUCAUUCUUCUGCAUCGAUGGAAGAAUUCGACUACCUUUCUCAAAAGUCGGAAACUCUAGCUCCCUCCAACAGUCCUCAUACCAAAACAAGCAUGGGUACGAGUUUUCUGGACUGGUGGGGUUCUUGGAAACGAGAUUUAUAUUCGAUUUGGUGGUCGCUGAAUAGAAAAUUGAAUCGUAUGUAUCGGUGGAUGUGUAGCUUUUAUCAGACUCGUCCACUUUUAUCAUCACGAGCUGCUGAAGAAGAAUCCAACAAUACCAUGCAGCAUGAAAUUUAUAGUGUGGUGAAAGACAUCAACAGUGGAAACGAGUUCGUUUUGAACAUAACAAAACCUGUCGAUCCUUUAUUGUUACGAUCCAACAUACCGCCUGUGCAUCGUAAACAUCUUCCUCCCAAGCUUUCCCUAGUUGCUACGCCGGGAACGGUACCCCGACACAACGUGGUGGUCUUGGAAGAUUGGAUCAAUCCGUUGCUUUCUCAAAAGACCCAGCUUAUGCUGCAAAGCGAGUUAUGUAACAGCGACAGUUUUGACUGCCCUGGAUACAUUUGCGUUUUCAGCUACGAAGAAAAAAAGCAUUCCCUUAAUUCCCUUGGCUCAAAUGCCCAUAGUACUUCUUUGAUUCAAAUUUCAAGAGUCUCCGAUUUGAAGCGCCAUUUGCAUGAUCAUUCGUCUCAUUGCCGCUAUCGUCGCUCUCUUUUGGAAAUCUUUCCCAGUCCCAGCAAAUCUUCCAAGCCAUGUCAAGUCAGCUUUAAAAUUGAGCGACUGAUCCAUAAGGAAUUGGAGGAAUCUUUUAAUUGGCUUCCUGGCAUCAAUUGUGAAGCGUGUGGACUACUACAUGAGAACUGGCUUCACAUCAGUAGUGAAGACUGGGACGAUGUCCGUGGCUCUAUUUUACGAUGGAUCGAAUAUUCCAGGGUGAUUUAUUCUUAA